AUGAAUUGGAGUGCAAUGUGGCCCCCAACAGACUACAUAGCACCAUUUCCACCACUGAAAAGGAAGAUGCCAUGGAGACCCACUAUAAAGGGAAAGAGGGACAAUACAGAGGUUAGUGGAUCACACAGAGUAUCAAAGUCAGGAAAAAGGAUUAUAUGUGGUGUUUGUAAAAAGGCAGGGCACAACAAGUCAACUUGUGAUGCAGUGUCAAAGCCCCAAAAAAGCCAGGUAAAAAAGAAGAAAGCCGAAGGUGAAGGUGGAAGUGCAUUGAAGAAAGGGAAGGGUCAAGCUCAAGAGGGAAAUGGUGUGAAAAAGGGAAAUGGUGAAGGUGAAGGUGGAAGUGGAAGUGGUGUCAAAAAGGGAAAAGGUGAAUGA